UGAGCUAGCCUUCAAAUACACCAACAGCAGACUACAGGCUUAAAACAAACAAUGAAGGGCAUGCUUUUUAUUACUUUUGUGCUCCUGGCUCUCUGUCUUGUCUGGGAAGCACAUGCCACCCAAGUCAAAGUACAGGAGGGCAACUUCGUUUUCUCACUGAAGUCAGUGAAGAUCCUUCAAGAACUAACAGAUAGCGGCCAUUUAAACGAGGAGCAUAAUCCUCGUCUUUCCAGCACCAGCUUUGCUGCUGUCUGUUCUAACCCUUCCCUGCCACAGGAGUUCUUACCCCUGUGCAUGCUGAGUGGGGCAAGCAUGUCUUUCUCCAGACUAGUUGCUAUGCCUAUGGACAUCUGUGAGAUCUGUGCCUUUGCUGCCUGCACAGGCUGUUAGGAAAUAUAUCAACCUGACUGGCAAUAGAAGACAAGCCAGCUACACUAUCAAUCUGCAUGUUGUGACAAGUACUUGGAUUUCAUUUCUAAAAUUGACAUCUUACCACAUGAUUGGCUCAGAAGAUAACUGGACCAAGAGUACAAAGUAAUUGAGGCUCAUUUUCUAUAAACUUUUAUUUUGUUGUAUAUUUAGCACAAUUUUCUUUUCUAUUGAUCACUUGACUUUCAUUUUAGGAAUUUGAAUGUUACAGUUUUAUCUUACCAGGCUUUGCACUUAUUUAAUGUAGAGAUAUAGAUAUAUAUACACAUAUUGACAUAAGUCUUUGGGGAUUUGUGUGUUUGUAUAUUUAAUAAUAAAAAAAAUGCAUUGAAGAACAUGUUGUGUUGUCUGAUUGCUCAACCAACAGCCAUAUAAUCCUUGAAAAGAACAAACAUUAAUUAAGAGCAAACCUUGAAUUUAAUACUGUAUAUCUAGAAAAACUGACACAGACAGAACUUUUUUU